UGGACAGUCUUUCUUUUCGAAUUUUGUUUUAUUCAAAAUUAUUAUUUUUUUUCCCUUUUUUUGAUUAGGAAACUGUUCAAUUUUGGAUCUGUCUUAUCCUUCCCACCUGUCCGCUGCCUACCUGUUCCUCCCCCCCCCCAGUCCGGGUACAGGGCCAGUCCAUCAGAUUGGCCCUCGGGGGACUCUUCAGACUUCGAACACAGCAGUGCAUGACACUGCUCACUCGAUCACAGACCAAGGCCAUGGACCGGAAGGCGGGAGAAUCCCUCCUGGCCUAUGAGGAACGCCUGGCGGCAUUCAUUCAGGAGGCCAACGAUAGGGCUGCCGCCGCGGCCAAGGAACAUAAUCGGCUUGAACAAGAGGAGGCCAAGCGACAGAAGGAGGAACAGGAACGACUUCGUCAAGAAGAGGCAGACCUGCAGGCGGCAGCCGAACACCGGUCACGCCAGCGGGAACGACUGUUCACGCGGGAGACCGUGAUCGGCGAUGAGGCCGCACAUCGGGUGGAAGAGCCAUCUGCAGACGGGGCCCCGGAGACUGAGAAAGGGCUGUCAGCCCUUGCGCAGGUCUCCCACGACCUCGUGGCCACCUGCGCUCUGCAGCAGGAGGAAAUCCUUCACCUGCAGCAGACAGUGGACCAGAUGCUCGCACGGCUGCAGGCGGUGGAGAAACAGCCAGCUGCUGUAGCAGCCGCAGGGCCUUCCAACCUUACCACCCGUGUGCAAGUUUUGGAGGAUGACGUCAGCAACAUCAAGCGUAUUGGGCAAGCGGCCUGCAAUGCCUUGCUAGAUUGCGGCACAACUCGCAACUUCAUCAGCCAGUCCUUCAUGUUGGGCGGCGCCAAGUACUUUUCGAAGUUGGACCUCAAGUCGGGCUACCAUCAGAUUUCCAUCCGCCCGCAAGAUCAGUACAAAAUCGCGUUUAAGACGCGAUAUGGGCAUUUUGAGUGGAUAGUUAUGCCUUUUGGCCUCACCAAUGCCCCGGCCACCUUUCAGGCGGCCAUGACCACCGAGUUUCGCGCUAUGUUGGACCGCUUCGUCUUGGUCUACUUAGACGACAUCCUCGUCUAUAGCCGAACUCUCGAGGAGCAUCUCGAGCACCUUCGUCGUGUUCUAGAGACUCUUCGGUCAGCCCGGUACAAAGCUAACCGCGACAAAUAUAAGAUUCAAGCCAUCCAGAAGUGGCCCGAGCCGAAGAACGUGACGAACGUCCGAUCCUUCCUCGGCUUGACCGUUUAUUAUCAGCGCUUCAUCAAGGGUUACUCGAAGAUCGCGGCCAACCUAAGCAAGUUACAAAGCGAGGAGCGGCCUUUUGACUUCGAUGACGACGCGCGCCAUUCUUUUGAGACACUCAAAGCGACACUUUUGUCCGCCGAGGUGUUACAUAUUUACAACCCGCUUCUAGCUACGCGCGUCACUACCGAUGCGUCGGGCUAUGGCAUUGGGGCCAUCCUUGAGCAGCACGAUGGCACGGACUGGCACCCGGUCGAGUACUUUAGCAAGAGAGUACCUCCCGUGCAUUCGAUCGACGACGCACGGAAGAAGGAGCUUCUUGCCUUCGUCCACGCCCUYAAGCRUUGGCGACAUUUCCUCCUUGGUCGGAAAGCAUUCCGAUGGGUAACGGAUAACAAUCCAUUGGUAUUCUACAAGUCGCAAGACAUGAUUAACAGUACCAUUGCCCGUUGGAUGRCUUUCAUCGACCAGUUUGACUUUUUCCCCGAUCACAUUCCCGGGAAGUCAAACCGCACCGGAGUUAGCCGAGGUCUUCUACACCGGUUGGAUUCGCUCCAAGGGCUACCCCAAGGAGAUCGUUUGCGACCGGAAUACUCGCUUUCUCUCCGACUUUUGGGUCGCCCUCGUCAAGCGAUGGGGCUCAUCUUUGAAGCCGAGUCGGCUCGCCACCCGCAAACCGAUGGUCAAACGGAAAGGGCGCAUCAGACCGCCCAAGUCCUUCUACGCACUCUCAUCCAUCCCGACCAGGUUGAUUGGGUUGAGCGCUUGCCAAACGUUGAGUUGGCUUACAACACAUCGAUCCACCUGGCUAUCGGGAUGUUGCCAUUCGAGUUUGAGCAUGGUUCACCCAUCUCAUCGCCGCUGGACGCCACUUUGCCGCGCACAGCCGAGCACGACGACCAUCUUGUGUUCCUUCGUCGCAUGCAAGAGCUUCUUGUCAAGGCACGGGAUCAGAUGUCAAAGACGCAAUACGGAUGAGCCGUCAAGCCAACCGCAAUCGCCUUCCUUGCCCGUUCCGCGCCGGCGAUCUGGUUUGGGUCUCUGCCACGGAGUUCA